AUGGUGACAUUAGUGAUGGCAACAACCACCGAUCCGACGUUGUAUGGACCGGCGACAACGCUCUCAGCCAUGGAAAAUUGGAACCCCGGUGUAUCCUUUCACCAAGUAAACGGAGAUGUGAGAUUACUGGAGCACGAUAAAGGGAUAGUGGAGGAGGAUCAUUUAGAUAAUCGAUGGGAAGAGGCUACAUGCGAGGUUGUUGAUGAGAUCAUCUUCCUCAGCAAACACACCGCCGUCACUAAUCGCCCUGCUCUCACCAAUCACCCAAUCGGUUUUCCUCAUCUAAAAGAAGGACAUGCUCCUCCACAAGGAGGAAAACCUGGAUGGGCAGCAAUUCCUAACCCUCGAAUGACACCAUGGUUGAUACUCUUAAAAAAACUGGCCCAAUCUCAUAACUUGGUUCCUGAAUUCGAGGUACUCUUAACUUCAAUUCUAGCAAGAAACUCAUAA